AUGACGGAGGAAUGUGACAAAGAGACAAUGGUGUUGUGUGGUUGUCUGUGUGGAGUCUGUGUGGUGUUUGUAGUGGUGUCUGUGUGGUGUCUGUGUGGUGUCUGUGUGGUGUCUGUGUGGUGUCUGUGUGGUGUCUGUGUGGUGUCUGUGUGGUGUCUGUGUGGUGUCUGUGUGGUGUCUGUGUGGUGUCUGUGUGGUGUCUGUGUGGUGUCUGUGUGGUGUCUUGUUGGUGGUCUGUGUGGUGGUCUGUGUGGUGUCUGUGUGUGUCUGUGUGGUGGCUGUGUGGUGUCUGUGUGGUGUUUCUGUGUGGUGUCUGUGUGGUGUCUGUGUUGUGUCUGUGUGGUGUCUGUGUGGUGUCUGUGUGGUGUCUGUGUGGUGCUACACUACAGGCUACACUACAGGCUACACUACAGGCUACACUACAGGCUACACUACAGGCUACACUACAGGCUACACUACAGGCUACACUACAGGCUACACUACAGGCUACACUACAGGCUACACUACAGGCUACACUACAGGCUACACUACAGGCUACACUACGGGCUACACUACAGGCUACACUACAGGCUACACUACAGGCUACACUACAGGCUACACUACUACACUACAGGCUACACUACAGGCUACACUACAGGCUACACUACAGGCUACACUACAGGCUACACUACAGGCUACACUACAGGCUACACUACAGGCUACACUACGGGCUACACUACAGGCUACACUACAGGCUACACUACAGGUCACUACAGGCUACACUACAGGCUACACUACAGGCUACACUACGGGCUACACUACAGGCUACACUACAGGCUACACUACAGGCUACACUACAGGCUACACUACAGGCUACACUACAGGCUACACUACAGGCUACACUACAGGCUACACUACAGGCUACACUACAGGCUACACUACACUACACUACAGGCUACACUACAGGGCUACACUACAGGCUACACUACAGGCUACACUACAGGCUACACUACAGGCUACACUACAGGCUACACUACAGGCUACACUACAGGCUACACUACAGGCUACACUACAGGCUACACUACAGGCUACACUACAGGCUACACUACAGGCUACACUACAGGCUACACUACAGGCUACACUACAGGCUACACUACAGGCUACACUACAGGCUACACUACAGGCUACACUACAGGCUACACUACAGGCUACACUACAGGCUACACUACAGGCUACACUACAGGCUACACUACAGGCUACACUACAGGCUACACUACAGGCUACACUACAGGCUACACUACAGGCUACACUACAGGCUACACUACAGGCUACACUACAGGCUACACUACAGGCUACACUACAGGCUACACUACAGGCUACACUACAGGCUACACUACAGGCUACACUACAGGCUACACUACAGGCUACACUACAGGCUACACUACAGGCUACACUACAGGCUACACUACAGGCUACACUACAGGCUACACUACAGGCUACACUACAGGCUACACUACAGGCUACACUACAGGCUACACUACAGGCUACACUACAGGCUACACUACAGGCUACACUACAGGCUACACUACAGGCUACACUACAGGCUACACUACAGGCUACACUACAGGCUACACUACAGGCUACACUACAGGCUACACUACAGGCUACACUACAGGCUACACUACAGGCUACACUACAGGCUACACUACAGGCUACACUACAGGCUACACUACAGGCUACACUACAGGCUACACUACAGGCUACACUACAGGCUACACUACAGGCUACACUACAGGCUACACUACAGGCUACACUACAGGCUACACUACAGGCUACACUACAGGCUACACUACAGGCUACACUACAGGCUACACUACAGGCUACACUACAGGCUACACUACAGGCUACACUACAGGCUACACUACAGGCUACACUACAGGCUACACUACAGGCUACACUACAGGCUACACUACAGGCUACACUACAGGCUACACUCAGGCUACACUACAGGCUACACUACAGGCUACACUACAGGCUACACUACAGGCUACACUACAGGCUACACUACAGGCUACACUACAGGCUACACUACAGGCUACACUACAGGCUACACUACAGGCUACACUACAGGCUACACUACAGGCUACACUACAGGCUACACUACAGGCUACACUACAGGCUACACUACAGGCUACACUACAGGCUACACUACAGGCUACACUACAGGCUACACUACAGGCUACACUACAGGCUACACUACAGGCUACACUACAGGCUACACUACAGGCUACACUACAGGCUACACUACAGGCUACACUACAGGCUACACUACAGGCUACACUACAGGCUACACUACAGGCUACACUUCAGGCUACACUACAGGCUACACUACAGGCUACACUACAGGCUACACUACAGGCUACACUACAGGCUACACUACAGGCUACACUACAGGCUACACUACAGGCUACACUACAGGCUACACUACAGGCUACACUACAGGCUACACUACAGGCUACACUACAGGCUACACUACAGGCUACACUACAGGCUACACUACAGGCUACACUACAGGCUACACUACAGGCUACACUACAGGCUACACUACAGGCUACACUACAGGCUACACUACAGGCUACACUACAGGCUACACUACAGGCUACACUACAGGCUACACUACAGGCUACACUACAGGCUACACUACAGGCUACACUACAGGCUACACUACAGGCUACACUACAGGCUACACUUCAGGCUACACUACAGGCUACACUACAGGCUACACUACAGGCUACACUACAGGCUACACUACAGGCUACACUACAGGCUACACUACAGGCUACACUACAGGCUACACUACAGGCUACACUACAGGCUACACUACAGGCUACACUACAGGCUACACUACAGGCUACACUACAGGCUACACUACAGGCUACACUACAGGCUACACUACAGGCUACACUACAGGCUACACUACAGGCUACACUACAGGCUACACUACAGGCUACACUACAGGCUACACUACAGGCUACACUACAGGCUACACUACAGGCUACACUACAGGCUACACUACAGGCUACACUACAGGCUACACUACAGGCUACACUACAGGCUACACUACAGGCUACACUACAGGCUACACUACAGGCUACACUACAGGCUACACUACAGGCUACACUACAGGCUACACUACAGGCUACACUACAGGCUACACUACAGGCUACACUACAGGCUACACUACAGGCUACACUACAGGCUACACUACAGGCUACACUACAGGCUACACUACAGGCUACACUACAGGCUACACUACAGGCUACACUACAGGUACACUACAGGCUACACUACAGGCUACACUACAGGCUACACUACAGGCUACACUACAGGCUACACUACAGGCUACACUACAGGCUACACUACAGGCUACACUACAGGCUACACUACAGGCUACACUACAGGCUACACUACAGGCUACACUACAGGCUACACUACAGGCUACACUACAGGCUACACUACAGGCUACACUACAGGCUACACUACAGGCUACACUACAGGCUACACUACAGGCUACACUACAGGCUACACUACAGGCUACACUACAGGCUACACUACAGGCUACACUACAGGCUACACUACAGGCUACACUACAGGCUACACUACAGGCUACACUACAGGCUACACUACAGGCUACACUACAGGCUACACUACAGGCUACACUACAGGCUACACUACAGGCUACACUACAGGCUACACUACAGGCUACACUACAGGCUACACUACAGGCUACACUACAGGCUACACUACAGGCUACACUACAGGCUACACUACAGGCUACACUACAGGCUACACUACAGGCUACACUACAGGCUACACUACAGGCUACACUACAGGCUACACUACAGGCUACACUACAGGCUACACUACAGGCUACACUACAGGCUACACUACAGGCUACACUACAGGCUACACUACAGGCUACACUACAGGCUACACUACAGGCUACACUACAGGCUACACUACAGGCUACACUACAGGCUACACUACAGGCUACACUACAGGCUACACUACAGGCUACACUACAGGCUACACUACGGGCUACACUACAGGCUACACUACAGGCUACACUUCGGGCUACACUACAGGCUACACUACAGGCUACACCUACAGGCUACACUACAGGCUACACUACAGGCUACACUACAGGCUACACUACAGGCUACACUACAGGCUACACUACAGGCUACACUACAGGCUACACUACAGGCUACACUACAGGCUACACUACAGGCUACACUACAGGCUACACUACAGGCUACACUACAGGCUACACUACAGGCUACACUACAGGCUACACUUCAGGCUACACUACAGGCUACACUACAGGCUACACUACAGGCUACACUACAGGCUACACUACAGGCUACACUACAGGCUACACACUACAGGCUACACUACAGGCUACACUACAGGCUACACUACAGGCUACACUACAGGCUACACUACAGGCUACACUACAGGCUACACUACAGGCUACACUACAGGCUACACUACAGGCUACACUACAGGCUACACUACAGGCUACACUACAGGCUACACUACAGGCUACACUACAGGCUACACUACAGGCUACACUACAGGCUACACUACAGGCUACACUUCAGGCUACACUACAGGCUACACUACAGGCUACACUACAGGCUACACUUCAGGCUACACUACAGGCUACACUACAGGCUACACUACAGGCUACACUACAGGCUACACUACAGGCUACACUACAGGCUACACUUCAGGCUACACUACAGGCUACACUACAGGCUACACUACAGGCUACACUUCAGGCUACACUACAGGCUACACUACAGGCUACACUACAGGCUACACUACAGGCUACACUACAGGCUACACUACAGGCUACACUACAGGCUACACUACAGGCUACACUACAGGCUACACUACAGGCUACACUUCAGGCUACACUACAGGCUACACUACAGGCUACACUACAGGCUACACUACAGGCUACACUACAGGCUACACUACAGGCUACACUACAGGCUACACUACAGGCUACACUACAGGCUACACUACAGGCUACACUACAGGCUACACUACAGGCUACACUUCAGGCUACACUACAGGCUACACUACAGGCUACACUACAGGCUACACUACAGGCUACACUACAGGCUACACUACAGGCUACACUACAGGCUACACUACAGGCUACACUACAGGCUACACUACAGGCUAACUCGCUACACUACAGGCUACACUACAGGCUACACUACAGGCUACACUUCAGGCUACACUACAGGCUACACUACAGGCUACACUACAGGCUACACUACAGGCUACACUACAGGCUACACUACAGGCUACACUACAGGCUACACUACAGGCUACACUACAGGCUACACUACAGGCUACACUACAGGCUACACUACAGGCUACACUACAGGCUACACUACAGGCUACACUACAGGCUACACUACAGGCUACACUACAGGCUACACUACAGGCUACACUACAGGCUACACUACAGGCUACACUACAGGCUACACUACAGGCUACACUACAGGCUACACUACAGGCUACACUACAGGCUACACUACAGGCUACACUACAGGCUACACUACAGGCUACACUACAGGCUACACUACAGGCUACACUACAGGCUACACUACAGGCUACACUACAGGCUACACUACAGGCUACACUACAGGCUACACUACAGGCUACACUACAGGCUACACUACAGGCUACACUACAGGCUACACUACAGGCUACACUACAGGCUACACUACAGGCUACACUACAGGCUACACUACAGGCUACACUACAGGCUACACUACAGGCUACACUACAGGCUACACUACAGGCUACACUACAGGCUACACUACAGGCUACACUACAGGCUACACUACAGGCUACACUUCAGGCUACACUACAGGCUACACUACAGGCUACACUACAGGCUACACUACAGGCUACACUACAGGCUACACUACAGGCUACACUACAGGCUACACUACAGGCUACACUACAGGCUACACUACAGGCUACACUACAGGCUACUACGGCUACACUACAGGCUACACUACAGGCUACACUACAGGCUACACUACAGGCUACACUACAGGCUACACUACAGGCUACACUACAGGCUACACUACAGGCUACACUACAGGCUACACUACAGGCUACACUACAGGCUACACUACAGGCUACACUACAGGCUACACUACAGGCUACACUACAGGCUACACUACAGGCUACACUACAGGCUACACUACAGGCUACACUACAGGCUACACUACAGGCUACACUUCAGGCUACACUACAGGCUACACUACAGGCUACACUUCAGGCUACACUUCAGGCUACACUACAGGCUACACUACAGGCUACACUACAGGCUACACUACAGGCUACACUACAGGCUACACUACAGGCUACACUACAGGCUACACUACAGGCUACACUACAGGCUACACUACAGGCUACACUACAGGCUACACUACAGGCUACACUACAGGCUACACUUCGGACUACACUACAGGCUACACUACAGGCUACACUACAGGCUACACUACAGGCUACACUACAGGCUACACUACAGGCUACACUUCAGGCUACACUACAGGCUACACUUCAGGCUACACUACAGGCUACACUACAGGCUACACUACAGGCUACACUACGGGCUACACUACGGGCUACACUACAGGCUACACUUCGGACUACACUACAGGCUACACUACAGGCUACACUACAGGCUACACUACAGGCUACACUACAGGCUACACUACAGGCUACACUACAGGCUACACUACAGGCUACACUACAGGCUACACUACAGGCUACACUACAGACUACACUACAGGCUACACUACAGGCUACACUACAGGCUACACUACAGGCUACACUUCAGGUUACACUUCAGGCUACACUACAGGCUACACUACAGGCUACACUACAGGCUACACUACAGGCUACACUACAGGCUACACUACAGGCUACACUACAGGCUACACUACAGGCUACACUACAGGCUACACUACAGUCUACACUUCAGGCUACAUGUUUUAA